GGUGCAGCAUACGUGCCGGCGAUGCCGAGGCCUGGCUCUGAGGCACGGCAGGUUCCAAAGCCACAACAGCUUGGCCCGCUACGGAAAUUGCAGCAGCUUCCGAACCCGCAGCCACUACCGAACCCAGACCCAAACCCACGGCCACAGCCAGGGCCGCUGCCAAACCCGAACCCACAGCCUGAUCCAAAGCCACAACCUUUGCCUAAGCCCGACCCAAACCCGCAGCCGCAACCCAUGCCCAUGCCCAAGCCAGACCCAAACCCGCAGCCACAGCCACUACCGCAGCCAGACCCAAACCCGCAGCCUCUCCCACAGCCACUGCCGGACCCAAACCCACAGCCUCUCCCACAGCCACUGCCGCAGCCGGACCCAAACCCGCAACCUCUCCCACAGCCACUGCCAGACCCAAACCUGCCGUCGGUACCGCCACCAGUGAUCCCAAGCUCAAAUCCGCAGGUACUACCAUUGCCAGAUUCAAACACGCCCGGACGACAAUCCAACACACUGCAGGGGUCACAACCGCUUGGAAAUGGCGCACCGCGAGCUUUAUAUUCGUGUGGCGCAAUCUACAAGCACAUAUCUUUCGUGGGUUUACUACUUUACUAUUUUGUUUAGAUUAGGCGAUACAUAUAUUUCUGUAAAUAAACGUGCCAUGUCUCCAGAUUUUCGUAUGUACCAUAUUGAGUGGUGGUUAGUUG